GACUUGUUCUCGGUCGGGUUAGUGCUACGCUCGAUCAGUGUUCAGGUGAAAAAACAGAAGACGGGAAUUUAUCCUGCAGAUCCAACAUAGCAAUUAUUACUUAUCAAAUUCGACUUUCGUUACUUUUUAUCAACAGGUGUUAAAGUUAAUAUUUUUUAAACGUCUCUCAUAUUUAUGAUCGGGUUAGUGCCCCAAUAUAUUGAAAUCGAGGUGGGGGGAAAGGAGAAGAUGGUAAUAGACAUUAAUGAAGGAGAAGAACUAUUAUUUGAUUACGGACUAAAGUCUUAUCCAUGGAAUUCUCAGGUGGCAGCAUGAAGGAGACCCAGGUGAUGAUACCUGUUGAUGUAUAUAUGAUACCUGUUGAUGUAUAUGCAGCUGAUGAUGUCGACAUAGAAAUUAAUUCUGUUGAUCCAAAUGACAAGGAAAGAGAUGGCCUCCCUGUUGUCUUGGUACUUACAGGCUUUAAUGUAAAAUAAAAGGACCAAUAUGAGAUAAAUAGUGACUAUUUAUCUGGAGUUGUGCACAAUGAGCCAAAAUUAUCCAGAUUAGCAAGAAAUGGCAGUUUAUUAGAAGGAAUGAACUUCCUACUAGUUGGAUUUCCUUCAACUUAGAGGUUAAGGAUUUGAUUACUAUUCAGUCCCAGGAGAUGCCAAUCAGCAGUGAGUCCAUCAUCAUCAUUCCAGACGGAACGAAUGAGGAAGUUAAGGCAUGUCUCUUGCAAGUCCUAAAACUGAUGUACCCAACAGACCUUGGCUGCUUGAUACGAGCUAAAUCCUAUCGCUCACAAAGGAAAAAUGAAGCACCACAUGAUGUAGAGGUUGUAAUCAGGAAUGGUCCAUCAUAUGACAGCAAAGCCAGCAACUGUUCUUGUGCCAUUGGAUCUGGAGGAUGUUGUGGACAUAUUACUGGUCUGCUAUAUUCGAUAGCCCACAUGAAGACAACUGGAAUGUCAGCUAUUCCAUGUGAUGUGGCCAAAACAUCCCUUCCACAAACAUGGCACAUUCCAAGAGGUGAGAGGAUUGCUGGGUCAGUGUCCGAUGAUGUCACAGUCCAAGGAUAUGACCCAAAAUUUCCACAAAGACAGACCAGAGGACUAAGAUCUACUCUGUACAACCCAAUUCCAUCUAGUGCAGAGAAACUUGAUGUUUAUAAAUUGUGUGAGAACUUAAGUGUAGUGGACAAGACAUGUUUAUUUCUCUCUAAUGUCUCCUUAAGUGCCCAAAAUAAGGAUGUGGAUACAAGAUUUGGCAAAUUCCCUAAAGGCUCUCCACUCGCCACACAACAAAAACUUCACAGUGACUAUGUAUUGAGUAUUUUGGAUGCAGGGGAUUUUCCAAAUAUACCCAUGAAAAAUCACAUGGAUAACGAACUUCAGGUAGUCCUCAACUACAACAAGAGCAUCCAAUUCCAAUCAUUAACUUUAUCAGAGAAUGAAUGCUUCGAAAUAGAAAAAAGUACCCGUCUUCAAUCCCAGGAUCCAAAGUGGCACAGGAUUCGAAAGGAUAGAAUCACUGCAUCAGUAGCAGGGGACAUCAUAAAAAGAAGGAAAGAGUAUGGUCCACUAGUUGAAAGACUACAGUCAACUAGAAAGGUUGUGACCUCUAGCAUGCGACAUGGGAUAGCCUGUGAGCCCCUUGCAGCAAAUGCCUAUGUUGAGAAAAUGAACAAUGACCUCAACAUCUACCCUUGUGGAUUAGUGGUGAAUCCUUGGUCCCCAUGGUUAGCUGCUACUCCAGACCGCAAGGUGUAUUGCCCAACACUGAACCCCAAAUAUGGACUCCUGGAGAUCAAAUGUCCAGUGAAUCCUUUGUCAGAAUGCCAGUACCUCACCAAGGAUGAAAAUGGAUACAAACUCAAGGAGAACCAUGCCUAUUUCUUUCAAGUCAUGAUGCAAAUGGCAGUGACAGGAAUGGAAUGGUGUCAUUUCUUUGUGUGGACCUCAGAAGAGAGCCAUUUGGAAUUGAUUUGUUUUAAUAUAGACACUUGGAAAGUAAUGAAAGCAAAGCUUGAUGAUUUCUUUUUCUACCAUUAUUUGAAUUAAAUAUAAUUGCUAUUCAGCUA